GAUCGGAUGGACGGGAUAGUGAGGUUAUGACGGAAAAUACGUUUUCAAUGAACAAUGAAAAUUUAAAUAUGCAUGUAGAUAGUUUAGAUACUGGAAUAGUCACGAAAGAAUACACAGAGGAACCUGACUUUCUGGAAAGUAAAUUCAGAGAAACUGCACAUCUCGAAGCCCAGCUGAAUCGUAUGAUGGCAAAUCAAGAUACCACUACUAUGACCGAUAAGCCACGCUCGAUCAGAGAAUGGUCACCUUCAUCUGAGGCUCAAAAUUGGAACGAGUCAGAAGGGCCUUUUUCAGAUACUGAAUUAGAUGGUUCAAGAAAGCCGGACAACCAGUUA